AAUAACCAAAAAAUGACAAACAUGCUUCAAAUCGGCCGUGUGCGAAAAGGAGCUAUAGGCGAGGAAAUUUAUGCCGAGCCAAUCCUUGGCCGCAAACACCGAGGGGCACUGGGAUGACUUAAAGCCGCUCCGUGGGGGCCGGAAGGUUUGGGACUGACCACGCCCCCCUCGCCGGCCCUGCGUUUGAUCGAGCUGGUCCGGAACUCUUCUGUCUGGCCCCAGCGGAGCUACCCCGGAGGGUAAACUUCCGGUGACCGUACGACUUCCGUGCGGGGCAGCCGAUUUGGCUAGUCCUAGGCGGACCGGAAGUCCGUCACUCCAGACUACCCGCCCCUUUCCUAAAGUGACGCACGGCGGGGUUGCCGGAAGAAGUGGCGAAGUUACUUUUGAGGGGAUCCGAGAAGCGGCGGCGUGCCAGGGGCUACGGAGGAGGAGGAAGAGAAGCAGAGCAAGGGGACCGAGGCAGCUCGCGCUGUCUCCGGCUGUUUCCAGGGCAACGGGAGUAAGAGACCCCCGCGAGAGGCGGCCCACGGGACCCUCGCGCGCAGCCAUGAGCCCCGCCCCCCACUGGUGUUCGGAGAGGGGCGGGACCUGGAGCGAGGUUGCUCCGUGACUCCACCAUGUCCACUCCCACCACCAGUUCCCUGGACACCCCCUUGCCUGGAAAUGGCCCGCCUCAACCCAGCGCACCCUCUUCUUCACCAGCUAUAAAGGAGGAGGGUCCUGAACUGUGGCCUGUGGGUCCAGACCCUGAUGUCCCAGGCGAUGACUGGGCCCGUUCAGCCUGCAGCGAGGUCGUCCCAGACCCGGCAGAGGAACCAGAGCGCAAGCGAAAGAAGGGCCCGGCCCCAAAGAUGCUGGGCCACGAGCUGUGCCGCGUGUGCGGGGACAAGGCCUCCGGCUUCCACUACAACGUGCUCAGCUGCGAAGGCUGCAAGGGCUUCUUCCGGCGCAGCGUGGUCCGAGGCGGGGCCAGGCGCUACGCCUGCCGGGGCGGCGGAACCUGCCAGAUGGACGCCUUCAUGCGGCGCAAGUGCCAGCAGUGCCGGCUGCGCAAAUGCAAGGAGGCCGGGAUGAGAGAGCAGUGCGUCCUGUCAGAAGAACAGAUCCGAAAGAAGAAGAUUCGGAAGCAGCAGCAGCAGCAGCAGCAGCAACAGUCACCUGUGGGGCCAUCGGGUGGCAGCAGCUCAGCCUCUGGGCCUGGGGCUUCCCCUGGAGGGUCUGACGGAGGUGGCCAGGGCUCCGGGGAAGGCGAGGGUGUCCAGUUAACAGCCGCUCAGGAACUAAUGAUCCAGCAGUUGGUGGCGGCUCAGCUGCAGUGCAACAAACGCUCCUUCUCCGACCAGCCCAAAGUCACGCCCUGGCCCCUGGGCGCGGACCCCCAGUCCCGUGAUGCACGCCAGCAGCGUUUCGCCCACUUCACGGAGUUAGCCAUCAUCUCAGUCCAGGAGAUUGUGGAUUUUGCCAAACAGGUGCCUGGCUUCCUGCAGCUGGGCCGCGAGGACCAGAUUGCCCUCCUGAAGGCAUCUACCAUUGAGAUCAUGCUGCUAGAGACAGCCAGACGCUACAACCAUGAGACAGAGUGCAUCACUUUCCUGAAAGACUUCACCUACAGCAAGGAUGACUUCCACCGCGCAGGCCUGCAGGUGGAGUUCAUCAACCCCAUCUUCGAGUUCUCCCGGGCCAUGCGGCGGCUGGGCCUGGACGACGCAGAGUACGCCCUCCUCAUCGCCAUCAACAUCUUCUCCGCUGACCGGCCCAACGUGCAGGAGCCGAGCCGCGUGGAGGCCCUACAGCAGCCGUACGUGGAGGCCCUGCUCUCCUAUACGCGCAUCAAAAGGCCGCAGGACCAGCUGCGCUUCCCCCGGAUGCUGAUGAAGCUUGUGAGCCUGCGCACGCUGAGCUCUGUGCACUCAGAGCAGGUCUUUGCCCUGCGGCUCCAAGACAAGAAACUGCCGCCUCUGCUGUCUGAGAUCUGGGAUGUCCACGAGUGAGGGGCCUGGCCGCCCUGCCCCACGGCCCUGUACCCUCCAACGCAUGGACGUUGUCGCCUCUCCUCCUGGAGUGGGAAGGAGCCGGGCCUGGGGUCCCAUCUUGUGGCUUAUAGCACAAGCCCUGGCGCCACCAGCCCUCAGCCCUCGGGUGAGCCCCCAUUAGGGUCCAGGAGGCUCCCUCCCUGCCCACUGAGUCUUCCUGGGAGGGCUGGGUGGGUCCUAGAUCCCAGCCUCUGACCCUCCUAGCACUACCGGCUGCCCUCCCCACCCAGCUUACACCUCAAGCUCACUGCGCAGUGCACCUUGAACAGAGGGAGUGGGGGGCCCGUGGCUCUCCCUGACAGCCUGAGAAACCGCAGGCCCCCUCCCUCUGUUCCUUUUAUUUAAUAAAAACUAAAAAAAGACAAAAACAGGAAAAUAAAGUAUGAAUAGAAACCUG